CCGGACCCAUUUCGGAUACGCCGCCCACGCGCCGCGCAGUCGGGGCCAAGAGCGCGAGAGCGUGCGCACGUCAGCGUGGCCCCGCCCCGCCGCGGAGAGACCCCGCCUUUCCGCCCCGCCCCCGCCGGCCUGCCCUCCUCCUGCUGCCAUCCUGGCGCUGAGGACUGGGGCGCUGGCGCGCGCUCCGCGACUAUGGAGAUCCCCGGGAGUCUGUGCAAAAAAGUCAAGCUGAGCAAUAACGUGCAGAACUGGGGGAUGCAGAGAGCAACUAAUGUCACCUAUCAAGCCCAUCAUGUCAGCAGGAACAAGCGAGGUCAGGUGGUAGGAACCAGAGGUGGCUUUCGUGGUUGUACAGUUUGGCUAACAGGCUUAUCGGGAGCAGGGAAGACUACAGUGAGCAUGGCUUUGGAGGAAUAUUUGGUUUGCCAUGGUAUUCCAUGCUACACUUUGGACGGUGACAAUAUUCGUCAAGGUCUCAACAAAAAUCUUGGCUUUAGUCCUGAAGACAGAGAAGAGAAUGUUCGACGCAUUGCAGAAGUUGCUAAGCUGUUUGCGGAUGCUGGCUUAGUGUGUAUCACAAGUUUUAUAUCACCUUAUACUCAGGAUCGCAACAACGCAAGGCAGAUUCAUGAGGGUGCAAGUUUACCUUUUUUCGAGGUGUUCGUUGAUGCUCCUCUGCAUGUUUGUGAGCAGAGAGAUGUCAAAGGACUCUACAAAAAAGCAAGGGCAGGAGAAAUUAAAGGUUUCACUGGGAUUGAUUCUGAAUAUGAAAAGCCAGAAGCUCCUGAAUUGGUGCUGAAAACAGACUCCUGUGAUGUAAAUGACUGUGUCCAGCAAGUUGUAGAACUUCUGCAGGAACGGGAUAUUGUACCUGUGGAUGCCUCUUAUGAAGUAAAAGAAUUGUAUGUGCCAGAAAAUAAACUUCAUUUGGCAAAAACAGAUGCAGAAACAUUACCAGCAUUGAAAAUCAACAAAGUGGAUAUGCAGUGGGUACAAGUUUUGGCAGAAGGUUGGGCAACCCCGUUGAACGGCUUUAUGAGAGAGAGGGAGUAUUUGCAGUGCCUUCAUUUUGAUUGUCUUCUGGAUGGAGGCGUCAUUAACUUGUCAGUGCCUAUAGUUCUGACAGCUACUCGUGAAGACAAAGAGAGACUGGAUGGCUGUACUGCAUUUGCCCUGAUAUAUGAGGGCCGCCGUGUGGCUAUUCUUCGCAAUCCAGAAUUUUUUGAGCACAGGAAAGAGGAGCGCUGUGCCAGACAGUGGGGAACAACAUGCAAGAACCACCCUUACAUAAAGAUGGUUAUGGAACAAGGAGAUUGGCUGAUUGGAGGAGAUCUUCAAGUCCUGGACCGAAUUUAUUGGCAUGACAGUCUUGAUCAGUAUCGUCUUACUCCUACUGAGCUAAAGCAGAAAUUUAAAGAUAUGAAUGCUGAUGCUGUGUUUGCAUUUCAAUUACGCAACCCAGUGCACAAUGGACAUGCCCUGUUAAUGCAGGAUACCCAUAAGCAACUUCUAGAGAGGGGCUACAGGCGCCCUGUCCUCCUCCUCCACCCUCUGGGAGGCUGGACAAAGGAUGAUGAUGUUCCUUUGAUGUGGCGUAUGAAGCAGCAUGCUGCAGUGCUGGAGGAAGGAGUCCUGAAUCCUGAAACAACAGUGGUGGCCAUCUUCCCAUCCCCCAUGAUGUAUGCUGGACCAACUGAGGUCCAGUGGCAUUGCAGAGCACGGAUGGUUGCAGGAGCCAAUUUUUACAUUGUUGGACGCGACCCUGCUGGCAUGCCUCAUCCAGAAACAGGAAAGGAUCUUUAUGAGCCGACUCAUGGCGCCAAAGUGCUGACAAUGGCCCCUGGUCUAAUCACUUUGGAAAUAGUUCCCUUUCGAGUUGCAGCUUACAACAAGAAAAAGAAGCGGAUGGACUACUAUGACUCUGAACAUCUAAUUGAAUAUGAACCUUUAAAAGAGGCACUUGAAAGGCCAUCUGCUGACCCUAGCUCUUGUCCGUGUGAACAACUUGUACUGGUGGCUCUGAUGACUGCAUAUGUGGAGAGAGGGACAGCAGAUGGUUGUAAAGACUUAAAAUCUACAACAAGUGGCCAAGAGUCACUAACUUUGGAGUCAUUCAAGAUGCUGGCCACAUGUG